AUGGAGAAACACGAAUUUGUGCAGCUAUACUCUCAACUUUAUGAUUUUGCACUUAUACCUGCACAUUGCUCGACAGCUUUUGCUAGAUCGGGCAUUUGCCCAUAUGAUCCAUGUGCUAUUAAAAAUCGUAGAAUAAUCAAAAAUAAUUUAUCAACAACAGUAUCAUCAUCAAAACAAUCUAUUCAAACAUUAUCAAAUGAAUUAGAUUCAUCACUACGAUCGAAUAAUGAAUCAAUAAUUCAACGAAAUAGACUAGCUCGAUCAAAUUAA